AUGGAUUUUGCCUUAUCUAUGGUGUUGAAGGUCAUCCUCACGGACGCCGAUGUCGCCAUGACCUCGGCCGUAGCUUCUGUCUGGAAGGGUACGCAACACCUCUUCUGCCUGUGGCACGUCAACAAGAACCUUGUCAAGAAGUGUGCCGGCGCCCUGUCCGACCACGACCGAACGCGGAUGCUUCGUUCCUUCCGCAGCGCAGCUUAUGCAGUUAAUGCCGAGGUGAGGUUCGAGGCCUCGUCGCCUGCGCCAGGGACGCUUUUCCGCUCAAAACUCUCCGACUGCUUAGGCAGCUAUUUGAUCCAAACAUGGCCAAACAUGGCCUUGCCUGUUGCAACCCGCCACCGUUGCGCGUAUUUCCAGGCCUUCGCAUCCAGCAGGGGUCAGAUGGAGCAGAUUUCUGCGGGAACGAAGUGCGAGGAAUACGUCGACAACCUAUUCAAGCUCGCAACUCCGGCCAUCGCUGCGCAGCUGCCAUUCCAGGAGAAGCACAUGGAGAACUUUUUCACGCCGAUCAACGAAGGACUUCAGCGUGUCGGUGCCAGCCAAUUCUGCACGCGGGUGAGUCCUGUUAACGGCAUCAUACACGGCUGUGGUCAACGCAGACCCACGCAAUGCUACCACAUAAUCGCUGCUUCGCUACCCUUUUGGUAA